GGCUGUUAGCAGAAGCGCGUGACGACACGGCUCGCCUGAACAUGGCGGAAGGGGAGAGACGCGAGAGAGGAGAGAGCCGAGCGGAGUAGAGGAAUGUAAAACUGGAGAAACGAAGAGCCAAGAGAAGGGCGCUCCGGUAUGGCGGACGAAACGUUAACGCUCUUAAUCAAGCUCCUGGCUGCGGCUUUCUACGGCAUUAGCUCUUUCCUCAUAGUUGUUGUGAACAAGAGCGUCUUAACAAACUACAGGUUCCCCUCGUCGAUAUGUCUCGGUAUUGGCCAGAUGCUGGCCACUGUGCUGGUGUUAUGGGUGGGAAAGGCUCUGCGGGUGAUCACCUUUCCAGAGUGGGACCUCAGCAUACCUAGGAAGACAUUUCCUCUACCUCUUCUAUAUGUAGGGAAUCAAGUAUCUGGACUGUUUGGAACAAAAAGGCUAAAUCUGCCAAUGUUUACAGUCCUGAGGAGGUUUUCCAUUCUUUUCACAAUGCUCGCCGAGGGCUUCUUGUUAAAGAAGAAAUUCUCUCGGCCGGUUCAGCUCACUGUAUUUACAAUGAUCCUCGGGGCUUUUGUGGCUGCAAGUGCUGACUUGUCCUUUGAUCUGCAAGGAUAUGUGUUCAUCUUACUGAAUGAUGUUUUAACUGCUGCUAAUGGGGCCUUUGUGAAGCAGAAGUUAGACUCUAAGGAGCUGGGAAAAUAUGGUCUGCUUUAUUACAAUGCUUUAUUUAUGAUCCUGCCAACGCUGCUUGUGGCACAUGUCACUGGAGACAUAGACAAGGCUCUGGAUUAUGAAGGCUGGUCAGAUAUGCUAUUUGUUGGACAGUUCGUCAUGUCUUGUAUAAUGGGGUUUAUUUUAAUGUACUCCACUGUGCUGUGCACUCAGUACAACUCUGCAUUAACAACUACUAUUGUUGGUUGUCUGAAAAACAUAUUAGUGACAUAUAUUGGAAUGGUGUUUGGAGGGGAUUAUAUAUUCUCAUGGACUAACUUCAUUGGUCUGAACAUCAGUAUUGCUGGUAGCCUGGUGUACUCCUACAUAACGUUCACAGAGGAGCAGACGGCCAAACAAGGAGAAACUAUGAGCAAACUGGAGGUCAAGGGAAAAGUGGCUGUAUGACCUGCACUUCAGUGCUCCACAGGUACAAGGGAACUGUACCUUUUUAGUAUUUAUUGCAAGUUUUUGUAGUAUGUGAAAAGGAGCCUUUUCAAAAAGGCAUGUCAGCAGUGACAUGGAAAAGAUGGUUCUUUGUGGACUGCUGGUUGGAAAUGCCAGGACACAUUUUGAUGAAAGGCUCAAUAAAAUCUCAAGCAUUCAAGUACAGGCAAGCAGCAAACAAGAAUGUAGAAGCCUUGUGCUUGAUUAGGUUGAGUCAUGCUGUGUUGUUGGGUUCCCUUAUCAAUGUUUGAAAACAAAUGGAGCAGAUGAAGAAUUAAAUAAAACCUUUGGUCAAGCUUGAAAGACUGCUAUUGGAAUAAAUGCAGUGAUGGCUGUGGUCAGUGUUAAUCAUCUCCAGUCUCCCCCACUUGCCUUUUUGUAGUGUUAACACACUGUCUUUCCCCUUUUCCCCCCAUAAAAAGGUGUUGGACUAGUUGGGAUAGGUCGUUAUUUAUUGUCAAAUAUUUCUAGAAGAGUUUUGUACUUUUCUUUUUGGUAUUUUUGUAUGAAAAAGGGAGAUCUGUACUGUUUUUGCAGCAGUUUUGGAUAUGCUUAACUUGAAUUCUUUUAUUGUUAAACUACAGGAAUGUUCCCUAAGUUGUUUAUGAGAAUAUGAUGCCAUUUUUUGUAUUUGUGUGUGAAUGUGUCGCAUGCCUGCUACUUAAUGUAGAGUUGAGUAGAAUGAUUAUAUUGAGCUUUGAAAAAGAGAGCUGCUCUGUUUUUUCAGUAUUAUAAAUGUCUCUUUGGACAUUUUGUCUGCAACUCUUUCAGCUGUUUUUCUAAUCCUUUGUACCAGGGAGUGACGUGCAGUAACUUGUUUUUGUACCGAUGCCCUGUUAUGGUAUGCUCUUUUGUUUUUAAGUGAGCAGUGUAGUCAUUGCACUUUAACUAUUUACAGGUACUUUGGGACUUUUCUUAGUUAAAAUUUUUGAAGCUUUAGUUACGGUAGUUUGUUGUCAGAUUUGCCUUAGUUUUAGAACUGUGCUUGAGAGAUAAAAGAAAUGGAGAAAUGAGUGUCCUGCAUGUCAGGACUGAUAUCAUUGGUACUUUCUGACCAGUUUAAACAUAAAAAUCAGGAGUUUGUCAAUAUAAUCUAGAUGUUGUACAUCUGGAAUACCCAACAUAACAUUGAAUGUAUCCCAUGUUCAUGUUCACAUACACUUUUAACCCACUGAUGUGGUCAAUAACAUGAAAAGACUUCGUUCUUUUCCAAGGUUUAUUUUACAACUGGAUUACUUGAUCUGGACACUCAACUGUUAAUGUGUUUUGACCGACUGUUUUCUUUUUGUUCAUGGUUAUAAUGUUCAAAGCCAGCAUUGUGACAAGGACACAUUUUCUGUUAUCUAAUAUUGUUUUCUCCAUUAAUUCUGGUAUGUGUGGUUCAUUUUAAUAGCAGCUCAGUGAUUAUAUCAAUGAGAGGCUGAGCUUGUGUGCAUAUAUAAUUAAAAUACCUCAGUUAUGUUUUCCAA